CCACAAUCCACAAUCAACACGCACACAUCGAAUCAGAUCCACCUCAAAGAACUCGGAAUCUCACACGGACAGAUUCCAUGCACUCUGACUUCAAUCCACAAUUACCAACUGAGUUUGCCUCCAAAAUGCCCAAGGACCACUUUCGCUUCCUGUUCGUAGGUAUGUAACCGCCAUCACCAAGUCUUCUCAUUUGUGUACCGUCAACUUCUCAUUCCUGUUGACCUUUGACCUUUUGGCCUGGCUUUACUUUCGCCUCAAGUUCUGCCUAUUGCGCCUCUUCUUUUCUUUUCCUUUACCAGCCUUGAUCCCCUCUUGAGAAACCCUCUAUUUCUCUCUUUCUGUCUCUCUCUAUCACGCCAACGUCGACCCUUCUUUCCACCUCUCAACCCUCCUCCCACCCUCCUCCUCCUCCUCACCCUCCCCGACCGCCAACAUGGCAACCGUCGACACAAUCACCGAUGUGACCCAGACUCACCCUUACACAUGCAACUCGUGUGCUGUCGCCUUCCGAAACAGUGACGCACAGCGGACACACAUGAGAAGCGACUGGCAUCGGUACAACCUCAAACGGCGACUUGCAGAACUGCCCGCAGUUUCUUCUCAAGACUACAAUGAAAAAGUCCUGGCUGCCCAGGCGACAAAUCACGCUGCUGCUGCACACGCCUCCUUUGCAAAGUCAUGUACGACAUGUCAGAAAACAUACUACAGCGAGAAUGCAUAUCAGAAUCAUAUCGCCAGCAAGGCACACAAGCUAAGAGAAUUCAACGGUGGGAGAGGUUCAAGAGCAGAUACCAACUCAGUUGUUGGCUCUACCCUCUCCACCGUCGCAUCCGAGACGCCAGAUCCAGAGGCUGAAGCCGAGUUCGAAAAGGUGGUUGCGGGAAUCAAGGAUGCUUCAAUCCACGAGGCGUCUCCCGUGUCUAGAAGACCAUCCGCUCCUCCACCAGACGCCGACCCUCGACAAGACCACCCCAUUUCUCCAGAAAAGCCAAUUACCUCCAUUCCAAUCUCCCAAUGUCUUUUCUGCAACUACGACUCCCCCACCUGGAAACUCAAUAUGGGCCAUAUGACCAAGAUCCAUGGCCUAUUUGUCCCCGAGCAGACCUAUCUUGUCGAUCCUGAGGGCCUCUUGAAGUACAUGCAGGCCAAGGUUUUUGAGAAUUUCGAGUGUCUAUGGUGUCACAAACUUCGAGGCAGCGCAGAAGGCGUCCAAACCCACAUGAGGGACAAGGGCCACUGCAAGAUUGCCUUUGAAAAGGAGGAGGAGAUGGUCGAGUUCGGACAGUUCUACGACUUUUCCAGCACUUACUCUGACGCCGAGGAAGACGACUCUGAGGAUGAGGACAAGCCUCCGACUAGAAAUGGAGGUGUCAAACUAUCCAGCUCUGAAGGCGCAGAAGAAGACGGUUGGGAGACAGAUUCGUCUUUUUCCUCACUGGAUACAGAAGAACUGGCAUCAGUACCAAUCGACGACCGCUCGACUUCCUAUUCACGCCUACACCUACACCGACACCAUUCCCAUUCCGAUCCACGCCCCCACAAAACUCACGAUGGUUUCCACUCGCACGCCCAUCAUCACAACCAUGCCGUCUUUUAUGACGAACAUGAAAUGUACCUUCCCAGUGGUCGUAUCGCGGGACAUCGCAACCUAAGGACAUAUUACCGCCAGAACCUUCACUCAUACCCCACGGCAGCCGAACGCAUGGCUCGCGCACAGCGGCUGAUCGAAGAAGCCGGAUCCGACGCCGAGAUGGAAGACGUAGACCCAGACGAGCCAGUGCGCCUUCCUCCCGCCACGCCUCCCAAGAACAGUCUAAUGCGCCGAGGCGAAGCUGGCAUGUUGGGUGUCACCGCCCAACAGCGGAAAGACGUCAGGAACGAGGAAAUAAAGAGUCGCCGUCGAGAAUUACGGUCCCAGAAUCGAUAUCAAGCCAGAUUGGAGAAGCAGAACAAUCACCAGAAACAUUUCCGAGUAAGUUUUAUUCCUGCCGUACACGUCCAUGAUAAGGUCCAGACACUAAUCAUUGAUUUUCAUUACAGGAUCCACUGCUUCAGUGAAGAGAACUCGGAUCGGAUCAGAGCCCUUUGGUUUUGCAAAUCCAUUCCCUCUCACAGACCCCGACCAGGAUCGACAACGGCACCGUCUCAUUCAUCAACUUAGCCAUGUCUCAUUUCACAUCCAUGCAUUCUCAGUAUAUUGAUUGGAUGAGCAUGCAUGCAUAUUUAUUGCUAUAGAGAAAUAGAGCCUUGAGUUGAUGAGUUCAUUUCGUGUGAGCGAUCGGUCUGUUGUGACUCAUGAGUGAUACGAAACACUGGAUCAACUCAGCCAUGUUCUGGCUGCAAGUGCAACGGAACGGAGGCUGGAUUCCUCCACUAUUGAUGAAGCAUUACUUUCUGGUCCAGGGAGAAAAUGAGAAAUGAGAAGCCACCUUGAAGAUGGCAUUGAGAAUAGGGUAUGGGGAAUAGGGAAUUAACAUCAUUCCUCGUAUAUAGGAACAACGCUUUUUGCGUCUAUUACGUG